AUGCGUAUAACAAUUAUUAUUGGAACUAUUUUAAAUCUUGGAAUAUUUAUUCGUUUAUUAUCUUUAAUUAAAUUAAAUAAUAGUUAUUUACCAUUAAUUAUUGGACAAAUAUUUUCAGCAAUUGUAGCACCUUUUUUUUUAAAUUCUACAGCAUUAUUUGUUGCCCGUUGGUUUUCACCUUCUCAAUGUGAUAUAGCAACAUCUAUUUGUUCAAUGGCUAAUCCAUUAGGUUUAGCUAUUGGUUCUCAUUUACCAUCAUUAAUAAUAACUGAUAAUCGAUCAUUAAAAUAUUUUUUUAUUCUUUUAAUAAAACAUCAUCAAUCAAUUAAUUUAAAACAAGAUUUUAUUAAUCUUAUUAAAAAUCGUCAUUAUUUAAUUCUUUUAUUUUGUUUUACUCUUGGUUUAGCUUUAUUUAAUACAAUAACAACAUUAAUUGAACAAUUAAUUAAACCAAGUAUAUAUACAAGUGAAGAUGCUGGAAUAUUUGGUGCUAUUAUUAUUAUUAUUGCUGGUCUUUUAAAUGCAUUUUUAGCAGGUUUUAUUAUGGAUAAAACUGAUGCUUAUCGUCUUAUAUUAAAAUUUUUAUUAAUUGGUGCUUGUGCAUCAGCCAUUUUCUUUAUAUUAAUUAUUCGACCAAAUCAAUUUAAUCGAUUAUCUCUAUCAAAUUGA